UCAUUUCCACCUCAACUCGUUUUCUCGCCAACUUUUCUCAAGAAACAAACAAAGUAAAGAAAUUUUCUCUACUCUUUCUUUCAUCUUUCGAAAUGGCUCGUACCAAGCAGACUGCUCGCAAGUCGACCGGAGGCAAGGCCCCAAGGAAGCAGCUGGCAACCAAGGCCGCCAGGAAGUCGGCGCCGGCCACCGGUGGUGUGAAGAAGCCUCAUCGCUUCAGGCCCGGAACCGUGGCUCUGAGAGAGAUCAGGAAGUAUCAGAAGAGCACUGAGCUUCUGAUCAGGAAGUUGCCUUUCCAGAGGCUUGUGAGGGAGAUCGCUCAGGACUUCAAGACUGACCUUCGCUUCCAGAGCAGCGCCGUCUCGGCUCUUCAGGAGGCGGCCGAGGCCUACUUGGUCGGACUCUUCGAGGACACCAACCUCUGCGCCAUUCACGCCAAGAGGGUCACCAUCAUGCCCAAAGAUAUUCAGCUUGCUCGAAGAAUCAGGGGCGAGAGAGCUUAAGAUGUUGAGAUAACCCAGAAAAUGUAAACCUUUUGUUUGUAUUUCUGUCAUGGAAGUUUAGAUCUAGGCUGCAUUUCUUUUCUGUAACCCGUUUUGGGCAAUAGUUGUUCAUAUCUUUUAAGAAUCUAAUGGCUAUUUCUGGUUUUCAA